UUUCUCUUUCGCACACCUCUGCGAUCGGAUCAUUCCUCCUCUGCUUCUCUACACACCUACCAAUCUCUCAGUGCCCAGUGAAUAAUUCGUCGCCAUGCCUCGUGUCAAGUACAUUCUCCUUGACUGUGACAACACUCUCUGCUUGUCGGAGCGACUGGCCUUCGAGGCCUGCACUGACCUGACCAACGAGGUGCUCGAGAAGUGGGGCAAGCCGGAGCGUUACACUGUCGACCAGCUCCUCGAGGACUUUGUUGGCCACAACUUCCGUGGCAUGCUCGUCGGUCUCCAGAAGAAGCAUGGCUUCACCAUGACUCCAGAGGAGGUUGACGCCUACGUUGACCGUGAGCUCGGUGCCGUGACCAGCAAGCUCAGCGAGAAGUGCACCCCGUGCCCCGGUGUCCCUGAGCAGCUUGCGGCUCUCAAGGAGCAGGGCUAUCCCAUGUCCGUCGUCAGCACGUCCGCCAAACCCCGUGUCGUUGCCAGCUUGAAGAAGACCGGCAUCGACCACUACUUCCCUGACGAGCACGUCUACAGUGCUGCCACCAGUCUCAACCCUCCUUCCAGCAAGCCUGACCCAGCCAUCUACAACUACGCCUGCCAGCAGCUCGGCGUCAAGAACUCUGAAUGCGUCACCGUCGAGGACAGCAAGAGCGGUGCCACCGCAGCCAUGCAUGCCGGGAUCCCGCUCAUCGGCUAUGUCGGUGUCUACGGCAUCGAGGAGGGCAAGGAGAAGAUGGAAGAAAUGGCCAAGCUUCUAACGGAGCAGUGCAAUGCCAAGGUCAUCAUGUACGACUGGAAGGAGUUCCCUGAGUGCCUCAAGAAGAUCGAAGAGAGCUUGUAAGCCGUCUCAGAUCCGCAGGUUGACAGACUUUGAUGCGAUGGCAAGAUCAUUGCAUUCGCUUGCUUUGGACUGUAGAGCACGUACUUCUUCAAGAAACAGGGGGUAAUGAGAUAAUUGACCAGGAACGAAACGAAAUCACCCACAACGAGGCUAUGAUGAGCAAUCGCCUCCGAACCGGCCACUGGCCACUGCGAGUUCUACCCAUCUGCGAGGAGCAUCCGAUAGGAGUUCAGGUAGCUGUAUCUUUGCAAUAUCAGCCU